CACACAACUUUGGGAAUUCCAUUUUCUUCUUUAUUUUUUUUCCCUAAAAAAAAAAAAAAAUCUGUGUCUGGGCAAUAAUUAAUAAUCCCAUUUAACAAUCAAAAUUUGUCUUUUUAUCAAUUAGGGUUCGAGAUUUAGAUUCGAUCAUAUCACACUACAAUCGAGAUGUUCACAACCCCAAAGCUUGAAACAAAUUGAAAUUAUAUUAUUUUAACUUCUUCGUUAGGGUUUCGACUAGCCCUACUGUUUAUGUUUAUCCCCGUUUUAGACUCGAAGGAUUCUGCUUUACCAACGAUUUCUUUAUUCCGUCGAAAUUUGAAGUUUGCUUUUACCUCCAUUCGUUAUCAAAAUAAGAAAGGAAUAGUGGAUUGAUGUGAGAAAUUUUUGUCUUUCUUGGUGGGAAUUUUCUUACAAUUGUUUUUACAACAUUCGUGGUGAAUGUUUACACCGGGUAUGGAUUCUGCGCGGGAAACUGGCAUAGUUGAAGCUGACACAGUGCUAAUCCCAACACUGUUCGUAUGGCCGCAUGGUGGAAGAGUUGUGUACCUAAGUGGCUCCUUCACCAGGUGGUCUCAGCUGGUUCCAAUGUCUCAGGUUGAAGGAUACCCUGCUGUAUUUCAGGUUAUCUGGAAUGUAACUCCUGGUCUACACCAGUACAAGUUUCUUGUUGAUGGAGAAUGGCGGCAUGACGAGCAUCGACCUUUCGAAAAUAGUGAAUAUGGAACAGUGAACACUAUCCGUUUGUCUGCAGAGGCUAAUUAUGAUAUACGUCCUGAGACUCCUUCUGGCAUGGAUUUGGAUACCAAGGCCUUUAGUGAUACUGAUACCAAGGCAUUCAGUGAUAUGGUUCGGAUUUCUGAAGGUACAUCAUCUCCCCUGGUACCAGGGAUAUCAGAGGAGGACCUCCGUGUUUCUCGUCACCGUAUUUCUCUAUUCUUGUCAACCCACAAUGUUUAUGAAUUAUUUCCAGAGUCAGGCAAGGUUGUUGCUUUGGAUAUUGAUUUACCUGUGAAGCAAGCGUUUCAUAUACUGUACGAACAGGGUAUCUCCAUGGCUCCUCUUUGGGACUUCAAUAAGGGGCAGUUUGUAGGGGUUCUUAGUGCGUCGGACUUUAUAUUAAUUCUAAGAGAGUUUGGAAAUCAUGGCUCAAAUCUGACAGAGGAGGAGCUUGAAACACACACCAUUGCUGCAUGGAAAGAAGGAAAAGCAUAUUUGAACAGACAAGUUGAUGGGUAUGGCAGGCCAUUUUCCAGAUGUCUCAUCCAUGCUGGGCCAUAUGAUAAUUUAAAAGAUGUUGCGAUGAAAAUUUUGCAAAAUGAUGUGGCUACAGUCCCUGUUAUUCAUUCAUCUUCAGCAGAUGCUUCAUUUCCCCAGUUAUUACAUCUUGCUUCACUUUCAGGAAUACUAAAAUGUAUUUGCAGAUAUUUUAGGAAUUCUGCUAGCUCAUUGCCCGUCCUGCAGCUACCGAUUUGGGCAAUACCUGUCGGUACAUGGAUUCCAAAAUUUGGGGAAUCAAAUAGACGGCCUUUGGCAAUAUUGAGGCAUCGAGCUUCUCUUAGUUCGGCAUUAAAUUUAUUAGUUCAAGCUCAAGUAAGCUCAAUACCAGUUGUUGAUGAUAAUGAUUCUUUAGUCGAUAUAUAUUCUCGGAGCGAUAUAACAGCUUUGGCAAAAGACAAUGCUUAUACACAUAUUAAUCUUAAUGAAAUCACUAUUCAGCAGGCUUUGCAGCUGGGACAAGAUUCAUAUUCUUCUUAUGAGCUGAGAAGUCGAAGAUGCCAGAUGUGCUUACGUACAGAUUCAUUGCUUAAAGUGAUGGAGCGACUGGCAAAUCCAGGUGUUAGACGGCUUAUCAUUGUAGAGGCUGGAAGUAAACACGUGGAAGGAAUCAUCUCAGUUGGUGAUAUUUUCAGGUUCUUGCUUGGUUAGUUUUGUAAGUGAUUGUUGAAUAUUGUUGUCGAAGAGGUUUUGUGAAGUGGCUUUGGUGUUCUCGCAUCUUGUGGGCGGCAUCAUCUCCUACCUGGCUUAUAGUUUUGAAGAGACUCCGGAACUUCUCACGGGGUCUGAUCCAUUUCUUCACGAUACCAUUGGUUUGGCCUCUUUCUUCUUAGCCUGUUGCCCGGUUCUCUUCGACUGAAUUUAGGCUAAUGGGAGCCACAUGUAACUUAAGGAGAGUAUUUCAUUCUCCCGAAAUUUGUUCAUCUCCACAUGACCAUAUUACUGUCUCAAGUACAACAUGUUACACUGUAGAUGCCCUGUCCUGGGGAGUUAAAAUAGCUUUUUCAUGGUACACAAAUUUAUUGGAAAAGAAAUGGGAAUUCAUAACAUUUAAAUGGGCAUUCUGUUUAUAUUUCAA